AUGAGCGCGCAAUACGGCCCCUCCGUCUACCCCAAGAGCCAUGUCGGCUUCGACAGCAUCACCACCCAGAUCGAGAAGAAGUUGUUGAAGCGGGGCUUCCAGUUCAACGUCAUCUGCGUUGGCCAGACCGGCCUGGGCAAGAGCACGCUCAUCAACACCAUCUUCGCCUCGCAUCUCGUCGACAGCAAGGGCCGUUUGAGCCCCCACGAGCCCAUCCGCAGCACCACCGAGAUCCACCCCGUCGCCCACAUCAUCGAGGAGAACGGCGUGCGCCUCCGCCUCAACAUCGUCGACACCCCCGGCUACGGCGAUCUCGUCAACAACGAUCGCUGCUGGGACCCCAUUAUCAAAUACAUCAAGGACCAGCACUCCGCCUACUUGCGCAAGGAACUGACCGCGCAACGCGAGCGAUACAUCCAAGACACCCGCAUCCACUGCUGCCUCUACUUCAUCGCCCCCACCGGCCAUGCCCUCAAGCCCAUCGACAUCGUCGUGUUGAAGAAGCUGAGCGAGACGGUCAACGUCGUUCCCGUCAUCGCCAAGUCCGACAGCCUGACGCUCGAGGAGAGGCAGGCAUUCAAGGAUCGGAUCAAGGAGGAGUUUGCUUUCCACAACAUCCGCAUGUAUCCUUAUGAGAACGAGGAGUAUGACAGCGAAGAGGCGGCGAUGAAUUCGCAGAUCAAGUCCAUUAUUCCCUUCGCCGUGGUCGGAAGCGAGAACAGCAUGACCCUCAACGGCAAGACCGUGCGCGCCCGUCAGAAUCGCUGGGGCACCAUCAACAUCGAGGACGAACGCCACUGCGAGUUCGUCUACCUGCGCGACUUCCUCACCCGCACCCACUUGCAGGACUUGAUCGAGACCACCAGCCAGAUUCACUACGAGAGCUUCCGCGCCAAACAGCUGCUCGCGCUCAAGGAGAGCAGCGCCGCCGGCCACGGCACCGGUUCCCGACCAAUCAGCCCCAGCGCCGAGCGCGAGCUGAGCAGGCAGAGCCAGAGGGCGACGAUGAAUGGGUAUUAG